GAUCCAGUGGAAAACCCUCACUCCCAGUCCUCGCCAUUGCCAGUCACUGGCAACCCCUUUCAGAUCGAGAAUGCAGAGAUCUUUAGCAUCGUUGGCUCGGCCGCUCGUAAGAGCGCGAGGGUUCUGCACGAAGCCAGAGAAAAUUGUGGCGUCCGUACUGUUCGAGCGCUUGCCCGUUGUCAUCCCGAAAAUCGACCCUGCGGUUUACGCGUUUCAGGAGUUCUCGUUUCGUUGGGGACAGCAAUAUCGACGGAGAUAUCCAGAUGAACUCUUAGAUAAGUCUAAUUCUAGGGGCAAAGGUGACUACCAAAUGGAUUAUGAACCAGCUCCACGGAUCACUGAAGCUGACAAAAAGAAUGAUAAGAAGUCAUUACAGAGGGCACUCGACAGAAGACUUUAUCUCCUCCUCUAUAGCAAAGCAUAUGGAGCUACUAGCGAGAAGCCUGUCUGGCAUUUUCCAGAAAAAGUUUAUGAAUCUGAGAAUACAUUGCGCAAGUGUGCAGAGUCUGCACUAGAAUCUGUGAUUGGAGACCUUUCCCACACAUAUUUUGUUGGAAAUGCUCCAAUGGGUCAUAUGGUUAUACAGCCAAAAGAGAAUGAGUCAGACUUUCCAUCUUUUAAGCGAUUCUUCUUCAAGUCCCAAGUGAUUGCAACCACCAAGUUCGAAAUUGGAAAGUGUGAGGAUUUUGUUUGGGUGACCAAGGAUGAACUUUUAGAGUAUUUUCCUGAGCAAGCUGAUUAUCUUACCAAGAUGAUCAUCAGCUGACGCAGCAAUCUUGUUCAAUUCCCAAUACACACAAAGGUUGCUUUUAGACAAUAGUAAUGAUCAAGAUGCGUCUGUUUUGGCUUUAGAAUUUUUGCAAUACAGGCUUGACAUAGGAUGAGGCUGCUGGAUGCAGUUGAGAUUUGCUAGGCCAACAAAUGGGAUCUUUUACUGAUUCAAAUCGGAUUUAGGAGCUCCGAUAUUUCCUUGUGCUGUUUUUGUAUGUACUUCACUCUCCUCUACUGCAAUAAGAAAAUUAUCAAUUUCGGUCUUA